CAGAAGGAGUAUGAGAACCUGAAAGACUCAACCAAGGAAGAAGCGCCGUCCACCGAGACCAGAGGCGAGUUCAACAAGGCUUCUGUUUGCAGCGAACAUGUUGCCAGAGUAACACUUUCAGUUGAAUGAUUUGAAUGAACAUUUCAAAAUGUUACCAUGAAACAUCAAACAGCUACUUUUUGUAAGGAUUACUCUGGCUUUUAGCGACAAUAUUCAAACUGAAAAUGACUUAGCUAUUGCUACUAAAUAUAGUAGAAAGUCUAUAUGGCCACUUGAUUAUUUUUAGAGGCAGUUAAGACACGAAACAGACACUUACGUUCGCCGCACACUAUCUUCUCAGACUGUUAGCUAACGUUAGCGAACAGUCGCGUCUAACACAAAACAAAUGGAAUAUGUUAGCUAACAUUAGCCAACGUUCGCAAACUAUUUCCCUUGUUGAACGCACCUCAGUUAGUACAUUACUAUAUCUACAAAAUGGCUGCUAUAAGACUGUAAUAUACACACUGAAUGCCGAACUUGUGAGGGUCGUUCAAGUGGUUAUAACCCAGUUGGAACCUCGUAUUUCCCACUUGCGAGGAGCAUUUGAGGGCAACAUGAGACUGUAAUAUAGACCCAAAAUGUCUGCUAUAAGACUGUAAUAUAGACCCAAAAUGGCUCCUAUAUAAGAAUGUAAUAUGGACCUAAAAUGGCUGCUUUAAGACUGUAAUAUAGACCCAAAAUGGCUGCUGUUCGAUGCAGGAAGUGCAGCAGAGUUAAAAUCUCUGCUCUGCUUCGCCAGUGCUGAUCUAAUCUGCCAUCUCUGAUAGGUCAUCUGAGAACACACUCUUUCUCUCUCUCUUUCUGUCUCUCUGUCUCUCUGUCCCUCUGUCUCUGUCUCUGUCUCUGCCUCUCCCUCUCUCUCUCUAUCUCUCUCUCUCUCUCUCUCUCUCUCCUUUCUCUCUUUCUUUUUUUCUUUCUCCCUCUCUCCCUCUCUUUCUCUCACUCUCUUUCUCUCUAUCUCUCUCUCCUUCCCUCCCUUUCUCUUUUAGAUCACCCAGGCAAGUCUGAGCUCUACUUGGAAGCCAUCAGGAAGAACAUUGAGUGGCUGAAGAAACACAACAAAGAUGAGGGCAAAGACGGUAAGACAUAGAGAGAGAGAGAGAGAGUUGCACAUUUCUAAAACACCGUACAUAGCUGAUAUUAUAACACUUGUCUGUCUUAUUUAAACCUUUUUGAGUCCAAUAUUUACUGUUAAAUUUGAAUCGUUUUUGGUUUAUAUUGUUUUGUGUCUGCUCACUUUUGUUAAUUGUUUAUUUCACUUGCUUUGGCAAUGUAAACAAUGUAAAGCCCCAUUGAAUUGAGAGAGCAAGAUCCUUAUCUGUCUGGUGUAAGAUUGGUGUUGGAGUCAACAGGGCUGGCUGCUGUCCUACAUACUGAACAUAGAGUCUGUCUGGAGAAUCUAUACAAUCUCUGGAGGACCCAAACAGUCCCAUUGUUCAGUGUACAGUUUCAGCUAAAGUAACGUUCCAACAUUAGUACACACACACACACACACACACACACACACACACGCCCUCCCCUCCUACUGAAAACUGUGUCUGGUCACAGAUAAUCUGCGGCGACACACUGAAGAAUAGUUCAAUUAAAGUCUGCUUUGUCCGUCUGGAUUUGCAAUUAAAAUACGUGUGGUGGGUGAUGCGUUACCCCCACACCUCAUGAAUAUGGAUGAGGCUUGGCAUGCAUCCCAAAUGGCACACUAUUCCCUAUAUAGUGCACUACUUGCACUACCCUAUUGGCCCUAGUCAAAAGUAGUGCACUCCAUAGGGAAUAGGAUGCCAUUUGGAUCUGGGACACAGACUUGAUGAGUGCUGCCCUAAUUACUGGUGUGUGUGUGUGUAUGUGUGUGUGUGUGUGUGUGUGUGUGUGUGUGUGUGUGUGUGUGUGUGUGUGUGUGUGUGUGUGUGUGUGUGUGUGUGUGUGUGUGUGUGUGUAUGUGUGUGUGUGUGUGUGUGUGUGUGUGUGUGUGUGUGCGUGUGUGCGUGUGUGCGUGCGUGCGUGCGUGCGUGUAUCUUUCCAUGUGUGUCCACUCCCAGUUACCCUCAUCUAACUGUGUCAACCCUCAUAGCAGAGCACCCAGACCAGAACAUUAUUAUUAUUAUUAUUAUUAUUAUAUUAACAUUUCCUGGUUAUGACACUGUAACUGUCAGCCAAGUGUUCCGUCAAUUCCUAUUGGUGGUUAAUUGAGUAGAAGACUAUGAAAUGUUAAUGAGGGUAGUCUAUGCAUUGUUAUGAGACCAACCCAGUCUAACUGUCUGGUGUGGAGGACCACUGGGACCUCCUAAAUAACCAAUCAGCUGUCUAUUGUACAGCCAUAAACACAGACACUUAGAGUUUGUUGUUAUAUUGGAGUUAUAAUUAGUUAUAGUUAUGUUUUAGGAGUUUAGGAUAUUCUUAUGGUGAGUGUAUUUUCUCUCUCCUUAGUGUACUGUCCAGGGACUGGAUUUAUCAAGCACCUAAGAGUAGGAGAGCUAAUUAAGGAUCAGUUCUCCCUUUUAGAUCACAAAGAAUAAGAUUACAUGGACAGGGAAAAACUGAGCCUAGAUCAGUACUCCGACUCUGAGAUGCUUGAUACAUGUCCUCUCUAUAUAUACAGUAUACUCUCCUCUUUUGGCUGUGUCUUCAGUGCAGGUCCUUCUCUCUCCCCUCUCUCUCGCCUCUCUCCUCUCUCUCCCCUCUCUCUCACCUCUCUCUCGCCUCUCUCCUCUCUCUUUCCUCUCUCUCCUCUCCUCUCUCCUCUCUCUCCCCACUCUCCUCUCUCUCCUCUCUCUCUGCUCUUUUGGCUGUGUGUGUUUAGUGCAGGUCCUCGCUCGUCUCCUGCAUCCUCUCGGUCCUCUCUCGUGCUCUCUCGCUCUCUCUCUCCUCAUCAUCUCCUCGCGAUCCUACCCUCUCCUCAUCAUCGCUCGGAGCUCGUCUCUCUCGUCUCCUCUCUCUCCUCUCUCUCUCCUCCUCAUCUCCUCGGUCCUCUCUUCCUGUGUCCGUCAAUCCUCUCUCUCUCCUCUCUCUCUCCUCUCCUCUCUCUCCUCUCUCUCUAUCCUCGCUCUCCUCUCUCUCCUCUCAGCGAGACUGAAAUAGCUGCAUUUUGGAGCUGCCUUACUCAACAAAAAUGUACCAAAACCAAAAUACAAUGUGAAAGUGAUAAUACAAUGGGAAAGUAACCGCAUAUGCUUUAUUAGAUCAAGCCAUUUAAAAAAUAAAAUCAAUUGUUUGCUAACUGGCAUACUAAUGAACCCCCAUUGGGGUUCAUUAGUAUGCCAGUCAGGCAGUCCUGUGGGUGUCUGGGAAGAGAGGGGCCUCUCGUCCUUACUGAUCGCAGCAGAGGAGACACCUGACAGGGAGAUCAUAGGGAGUGUCAGGGCCCUGUCAACAUGGAGCAACUCAUAGAGGAAAACACACACACACCACACAGUAGGAAAGAGGUUUCACUUCCUGUUUGAGUAUGCCAGUGAGCUUUCAUCAGGUACUGACACUGUUGUGUUAUUCACCAGAAUAUCUAUUCACCCAGAUAUGAACAGUUGUGGAAAUAAGUUAUGAAGUCACUCAAAAGUCCCUGGAACAGUUUGUAAUGUGUAGGGAAUGGUUUGUAAAUGGUGUACUGGUGCAUACCCAGUGCAUAUAGGGCCGGUUUCCCAAGCAGAUGAAGGCUACUGCAGGUCUGGCCUAAAAGCAUUUUCAAUGGAGAUUCUCCAGAUUCCCCCAUAGAGUAUAAUAGAGCAUCUGGGUUAGCCACAUAUAUUAUAUUGGAUGUUUUGAUGUGUUUCUGUAUCAUUUGUAUAUUAUAAGCACAAUUUACUGAGUGACAUUAUAAUGAGUUAUGGAAACAUCAGCUCAACGCAGGCUGUUAUUUAAAACCCAUUAGGUCUCUCUUUCUCUCUCUCUCUCUCUCUCUCUCUCCUUUCUCUCUCUCUCUCUCUCUCUCUCUCUCUCUCUCUCUCUCUCUCUCUCUCUCUGUCUCUCUCUGUCUGUCUGUCUGUCUGACUGUCUGUCGCUCUCUCUCUCUCUGUUCAGUACAGCUGGGGGAAAACAUUACACAGUCAUAGAAACAGAGUGGUCGACUGGGCAACACACCACUUACUGUAUUUACCCUGGCCCAGCUCCUUCCAUUAGAGAUGUGUGUGUAUGUGCAUGCUAGCGUGUGUGGCGUGUGUGUUCUAGUCAGUGGUACAGGGUGGCUCUCUGUCUGUACAUACUGUAGCUAGAGGAACAGAUGGACAGUUCUCUCUGCUUGACUCCUUAUCACCAUCAUUAUCACAACCACCUCCACACUCCUCCUCCACACUCCUCCUCACUCCUCCACACUCCUCCUCCCAGCUCCUACCCCUUCUAUGUACACUUACAUGUAUAUUCUAUAGUGUCUUGAUAGGAUGCUGGUUCUUUAUCAUAUAAAUGAUUGUUUGAACGCCAACAGAACUACUUGUUGUGAGCUCCUGGCUCUCAUGUACUGCUUCUUAAACACCCACACCAGUAGAAAUCCACUUUUCUGAGCUGAAAGACGAUGGCCAGAGCUUACUCAUGAUGUUGCACAACAGUUUAAGUCAAUAAAUCAUUGUUUUAGUUAAAGUACGAUAUGUUUGGGCUUAAGGUGACAAAUCCGAACUGCCCACUUCAGACAAAUCUGUGUGAAUGCUGUGUCUUUUCCUAUGAUAUGACAUGCAAAUUAUUUUUUGUUUAGUUUCAGGGUUGGGUUUACACAAUCCUUGUUCACAUUAUUCCAGAUUAGAUUAUAAUCUGUCUCUAUCCUUGUGUAUUGUAUUCCAGAUUACGACCUGUCCAAACUGAGGGACUUCAUGGACCAGCAAGUGGACUCCUACAUCGACAAGGGCAUCAUUGAGAAGGGCGAGGGAGAGACCAUCAAGAGGAUCUACGGCAGCCUGUAACCUUCAACCAACCUUAAAAUAACUAACAACUAACCUUUAAAUAACCUACGACCAACCUUAAAAAACCUACGACCAACCUUCAAAAAACCUACUGGAAAUGUAUGACGAUUGAUAAACCUAUGAAUAGGGCCUAUAGUUUUUCCUGUUCAGGUAACAUCGUUUGGAAAAACUCCUGGCUUGAGAUAAUGAUCCCUGAAAGUAACUGACUCUGAUUUUGGUGUGAAUUCUUGCCUUGAUGUCAAUUGGAGUUUGGUGUGAAAGUUUGAGUAAAUUGAGUGGAUCUCAAGUUAGGAUUCGGCCCCUAUGAGACGAAAUGUAUGAUCUGUAUGUAUUUAAAAUAAACAAUUUAGGCAAAAACAUAUUGUAUUUGACAUUUCCAGAAAGCUGGAAUGGAAUAAUCGUAAUAUUAUCACGGAAAGUAUAUAUUAAACUAUACAGCACUCAGUUCAGCAGGCUAGAAAACAAUCAGCAAUAGUCCGAUGUCACUGAGUGGCACUGAUGAUGGGAUAUCAACGUCAAACUGACUCGAUUAGGAAGGGGAAACACAACAGUUAUUCUGUCAAAUCAACUGACUGCUCUAAUGUACCUUGAGGAGUGAAAUGUUGACAUACUGAGGGGGAAUAAGUGUUAAACCAUCCCACUGGACACACACUGGUUGAAUCAACGUUGUUUCCACGUCAUUUCAAUGAAAUUACGU